AUCAGCCAUGAACAGGCAGAAGGCUGAACUUCUAGGAAUCGAUAUUUCAGUGAAGGUGCCGCCUUUCUCCAUGAGAACUACUUGUCCGAUGGUCGAACAGCUUUAUAAACCCCCGCCUCCUCACCUUUCCAACGUUACAUUUGAGGAUGGGGGCAGCGAUGUCUUCCCCGGAGGAAGAGCCGUCGGCCUCCGUGUCGGCUGUCGUGUCGGCCGCCUUGUCGGCUGCUGUGUCGGCCGCCAUGGCAGUUGCCAUGUCCGUGGACGCGAAGGCGGAUCUCGCCACGCUGCUAGACGAAUGGGAGGAAGCCCAGCGGGGCACCACGGAGCAACUGGAGUCCAUCCUUACUAAAAUAUCUGAGCUGAUUGAACGAGAGACGGGAGAGUAUUACAAAGCAGACCCUGAUCCGUUCGAUGACCGUCAUCCAGGACGAGCAGACCCAGACUGCAUGCUGGGACAACUCCUGAAGAUGCUCUUUAUGAAUGAUGACUUCACUAACGCGCUGUUGGACACAUACAUAAUGACCAGCAGAGAGCUGAGCCUCAACACAGCGGCCUGUCGUCUGCUUCAGAACAUCAUGCCGGGCCUGGAGACCGCCGUCGUUUUCCAGGAGAAGGAAGGUCUGGUUGAGAAGUUGUUCACCUGGGCUCGUGAAGCAGAGCGACCGCUGUGCGUCUACGCCACGGGCCUGCUGGCCAGAGCCAUGAGCAACCAGGAAGUGGCGGCAAGCUACAGAGAGCAGAACGCUUCGCUGGUACCGAUCAUGAUUCAGCGCCUGCAUGAGCUGCAAACUGAGGAGGCUAAGAGUCACUGUAGAGCCACCAAGACGCCCCCGAAUCUGCCUCGGGACUCUCAGGUAGAAGCCAACCAAACCUCAAGCAUCUCGACAGACCGGCAAGACAAGACGGAGGGGGGAGAUGUGGGAGAGGAGGAAGAGAGGAAAGAGAGCGAGGGAGAGAGCAGCAGGCAGGUGUCAAAGGUCACUUCCAAACCUUUGUCCCUGCUCGGGUCGGCCCUGAAAAAGGGUGGCCGUAGCAGCAGCAGCGGUGGAUCCAGCUCGAUCCGACUCCUUCCAGACUUUGUUUAUCAAGCGAGCCCGGACCCUGCCUCCAGGGAGACGGAGGACAGGCAGGCAGGAGGAAGAGGAGGAGGGAAGAGACGAGCAGUAAAGGAAAACGGGAGGAAGGCUAAGCAGAAACUCAACUUCACCUCCUCCUGCAGGACUGAGGAGGAGGAGGAGGAGGAGGAGGAGGAGCAAGAGGAGGAGAGAAGCAACGCCAGCGACCAGCCGGCCAUCAGCACCUCCUGGUCUGAGGUGAGCUCGAUGGUGAUCGGCUCAGAAUACCGCCUUUCACCGCUGAGCGCGGCCAUGGAGCAGAGGCUCAUCCUGCAGUAUCUGACUCCGCUGGGAGAUUACCAGGAGUUGCUUGCUGUCUUCAUGCAGCUGGACACCCGGUCGUUGCUGAUGAACUACAUAGACCUCAGGCAGACCAAAAAUGUCCAGCUCACGUUUGACGCCCUCCUGUAUCUCGCCUCGCUGCUCCUCCACAAGAAGUUUGCAGCGGAGUUCAUCACGCACGGAGGAGUGCAGAAACUUCUGGAGAUCCCGAGGCCUUCCAUGGCGGCAACUGGGGUUUCACUCUGCUUGUACUACCUGGCGUACAAUCAAGACGCUAUGGAGAGGGUGUGCACACUCGCAGACGGCGUGCUGUCAGAUAUGGUGUCGUACGCUCUCUGGCUGUUGGAGUCGUCCCACGCUUCGGGCGUCUGCCACGCCACCAUGUUUUUCUCUAUUUCCUUCUCCUUCCGAGCGGUGCUGCAGCUCUUUGACCAACAGGACGGCCUGCGCAGGCUGGUCAAUUUGGUCAGUACUUUAGAGAUCCUCAACAUAGAGAACGAGGUGUCCGUAAUGAAUGACGACCAGGUCUUCUCCAGCCGACAGACAGCCAAACAUACCUGCAUGGCCCUGCGCAGGUACUUUGAGGCUCACUUGGCAGUAAAGGCUGAACAGGUCAAACAGUCGCUGCACUCCCCAGACGGAGGCACCGUUGUUCCCCAGCAGCCGUUUUACAAGGCAUACACGUACACCAGAGAGCAGGUUAUUGAGAUGAUGGAGUUUCUCAUUGAGUGUGGACCUCCUCAGCUCUACUGGGAACCAGUGGAGGUUUUCUACAAAUUGUCCUGUGUCCCUUUAAUGCUGCAGCUCAUAUCUGCAGCCUGUGACUGGAAGACUUACUAUGGCAGGAGCGACACAGUGCGUUAUGCCUUGGACAUCCUGGCCAUCCUCAUGGUGGUUCCUAAAGUCCAGUUGGUGCUGGCAGACACUGUUAUUGUUCUGGAUGAAACCAGGUCGCCCGUAUCCACUGUGGGUAUGAGCAUCAUUCUGGGUGUAGCAGAAGGAGAGGUGUUUGUCAAUGAUGCCGAGAUCCAGAAGUCUGCACUACAAGUGAUCAAUAACUGUGUGUGCGCCCCAGACCAGAGCCUGAACACUGUGGGUGCUUUUGCUGUCACCCCCCAUAGGCCGUCCCUCCACCCCCAGCAGCCCCCAGCUCCCCACAACAGAGUGCUGGCCCACAUGUGGCAAGAAGUGCAGAACAACAACGGUAUAAAGGUGCUUCUGUCUCUGCUGUCGGUGAAGACGCCCAUCACAGACGCGGACCUGAUCCGUGCUCUGGCCUGCAAAGCUCUGGUCGGACUCUCUCGCAGCUCCGCUAUCAGACAAAUCAUCAGCAAACUGCCGCUCUUCACCAGCAGCCACAUUCAGCAACUGAUGAAGGAGCCGGUGCUGCAGGACAAACGGAGCGAGCACGUCCGUUUCUGCCGAUACGCCGCCGAGCUGACAGAGCGAGUGUCCGGCAAGCCUCUCCUCAUGGGUACCGACGUCUCAUUGGCUCGUCUGCAGAGGGCUAAUGUUGUUGCCCAGUCACGGAUCACCUUUUCUGAGAAGGAACUCCUCGUGCUGAUCAGAAACCAUCUUGUGGCUAAAGGGCUCAAUGAGACGGCGAGCACGCUCGUUAAAGAGGCAAAUUUACCCAUAGGGUCCUUCUGUCCGAACUCUUCCUCCUGUGCCACCCCUCCACCGUCCUCCUCAGGGAUUCCCAGAACUUGCCGGAUAGCUGGCGGGAUCGCAGCUCGCGUCGCCGGCCAUGUCGGAUCCUCCCCUGUGUCCUCAGUUCCCGUAGCGUCCUCCUGCACUCCCGCUUCCUCUCGUUCCCUCGUCAAUCCUCCCCCUUCAUGCACCACGCCUUCUACCUCUGCCAUUGCCCCGUCUCCCGCGGCUCCUCAUCCCACAUCUCAUGGGCAGGGCUCGCCACUGGUUGGACGGAUUUUAUUCACACGGGAACGCCCGGUGGCCCACUGCAGCUCGGGGAAAAAGCUCCGCGCACUGAAACAGAAGUCUGACCACGGUGCUUUCAUACAGACUCCAGCCAUGAAGAAGCAGCUGGAGCGCCACCUUCCUUCCCCCCCGAGCCUGGACAGCAUCAUCACCGAGUACCUGAGGGAACAACACGCCCGCUGCCCCAAUCCUGUCACCACCUGCCCCCCGUUUUCCCUUUUCACCCCCCACCGCUGUCCUGAGCCCAAGCAGAGACGACAGGCAUCGCCCAACUUCACUGCCCGCUUGGGGAGCAGGGUGCUGUACCCGAAAUAUGGAGGCGUGGACCGAGGGUGUCUGGAUAGACAUCUGAUAUUUAGCAGGUUUCGUCCGAUGUCAGUCUUCCACGAGGGCGACGGAGACGAGAGCGGUUUCACCUGUUGUGCCUUCUCAGCCCGCGAGCGUUUCCUCAUGCUGGGAACGUGCUCCGGUCACCUCAAAUUCUAUAACGUCUUCUCUGGAGAGGAAGAGGCCCACUACACCUGCCACACGUCGGCCAUCACGCACCUCGAACCCUCCAGGGAUGGGAAAUUGCUGCUCACCUCUGCUUCUUGGAGUGUCCCCUUAUCUGCUCUCUGGAGUAUGGAUGGUGUCUUUAGCAUGAAGAAGUCUUUUGAAGACGAUCACUACGUCGAGUUCAGUAAACACUCUCAGGACAGGGUCAUCGGCACCAAGGACCAAGUCGCACACAUCUACGACAUCCAGACGGGUCAGAAGACUCUGACCCUGAACGACGUCGCCCUGGCCAACAACUACAAGAGGAACUGUGCCACCUUCAACCCCAGCGACGACCUGGUGCUGAACGACGGGGUGCUGUGGGACGUGCGGGCAGCACGGGCCAUCCAUAAGUUCGACAAGUUCAACAUGAACAUCAGCGGGGUCUUCCAUCCAAACGGCCUGGAGGUCAUCGUCAACACGGAGAUUUGGGACAUGAGGACCUUCCACCUCCUGCACACUGUCCCUGCUCUGGACCAGUGCAGGGUGGUCUUCAACCGCAACGCCACCAUUAUGUAUGGAGCGAUGCUGCAAGCCGAUGAUGAGGACGAUGCUAUGGACCAGCAGAUGAAGAGUCCCUUCGGCUCGUCCUUCAGAACCUUUGAUGCUACUGACUACAAGCCCAUCG